AUGAUGAAUCCCAUGGCCCAGCUGUACUACAAGAAGGCGAGCUAUUCGCCGUACCGCGACCGCAUCCCGUUGCAGAUCGUGCGGGCGGAAGCAGAGUUGUCAGCGGAGGAGCGGGCGUACCUGACGGCGGUGGAGAAGGGCGACUAUGCCGGGGUGAAGCUGGCACUACAGGAGGCAGAGAUCUACUACAACAUCAAUGUGAACUGCCUGGACCCGCUGGGGCGCAGCGGGCUGCUCAUUGCCAUCGAGAACGAGAACCUGGAGGUGAUGGAGCUGCUGCUCAACCACGGCGUGCACGUGGGCGACGCGCUGCUCUACGCCAUCCGCAAGGAGGUGGUGGGGGCCGUGGAGUUGCUGCUGUCCCAUCGCAGGUCCAGCAGAGAGAAACAGGUAAGGAGGACAUUAGGUAUAUCAGGGGUACAUUUCAGCUAGUGGGCGUAGAAUGUCCUUAUUGUAGCUCAAUAAGCAUGAUGUGACAGACAGGAUAUGUACAUAUUAUAUAUAUGUUAGACAGGUUAUGUACAUGUUAUGUAAGUUAUACAGGUUCUGCUCUUGCCUGGGCCCACUCAGUACUCCCUCUCCUCCCCAACCCGAUGUUCUCUUCUCCAGGUGCCCAACCUGAUGAUGGAUACCCAGUUCUCAGAGUUUACCCCUGACAUCACACCCAUCAUGCUGGCAGCUCACACCAACAACUAUGAGAUUAUCAAGCUGCUGGUCCAGCGCAAGGUGACCAUCCCCCGGCCCCACCAGAUCCGCUGCGACUGCGUGGCCUGUGUGUCCAGCUCCGAGGUGGACAGCCUGCGUCACUCACGCUCCCGCCUCAACGUCUACAAGACCCUGGCCAGCCCAUCCCUCAUUGCCCUGUCCAGCGAGGACCCCAUCCUGACCGCCUUCCGCCUGGGCUGGGAGCUGAAGGAGCUAAGCAAGGUGGAGAAUGAGUUCCGUCAGGAUUACCAGGAGUUGUCCCAGCAUGGUUUAUAAAGGGUUUAUAACAAGUUUAUUACUCUUCCAGGUGGAGAAUGAGUUCCGUCAGGAGUACGAGGAGUUGUCCCAGCAGUGUAAGCUGUUUGCCAAGGACCUGCUGGACCAGGCCAGGAGCUCCAGAGAGCUGGAGACCAUCCUCAACCACCGCGACGACCUCAGCGAGGAGCUGGACCCACAGGACUGCCGCGACCUGGCCAAGCUCAAACUGGCCAUCAAGUACCACCAGAAAGAGGUGAGGUGAGAGGGCCGAGCAGAAGGGGUCUAGUAUAGUGAACACUGGCGUAACCCCCCCCCCCCCCCCCCCCCCAGGCAGGUGGGCCCACGGGUCCCCAAAAAUGAAUAACAAUAACAUUUUACAGCAGCUAAUAACCUGUAAUUCCCCAGAUAUCAUAUGGCAUAAGCCAUGGCAAAAUGCUACUUAUUGUUUUAUCUAUAAAAUGUCUUGCCCUACUAACUUAAUUUGUUUUUAACACAUUUAUUUUGGGAUCCACCCCUGUAAACGUCAUUUGCCUGAUGAUGCGCGAGUGGAGAAGGAGAGUCUUAUUUCAUACAAGCGCGUUUUUGUCCACGUUCCCUCUCCUCGCCGCCUCUCCUCGAUUUCCUUUGAGCUUUUUCAAAAGGAGGCGAGAGAGGUUGGAGGAGAGAGGACGCAGGAGUUGAGCAAACCAAUUGAGAAAAGGCCCCCGUCGUUCCCUCAAUUUGCCAGAGCAGGAAAUACACAGCUCUUUUAAACCCCAGGAGAGGCACACCUGAAACCAAUCAGAGCAAUAGACAAUUAGCAACUGCAAUCACAGUUCAAACCAAAGAUGGUGGAUAAACGAAGAUAGUUCACUCAGGCCGUUUUACAUUGAAAAACAUUGUCAGUUCCGGUCUUCUUAACUGGGUGGCUCUCCCAUAGACACCAAUGAGAUAGCAGCUUGGUCUGGUCUGCUUAGUUAAUUGACUUCCAUUGAGCCAGAAUAAAUUAGGGAUUAGGAUGUCUCGCUUCCUCUUUCAUCUCUGGUUCAAACAAUCCAAUAAAAACAUCACCAAUCACGACUCAAAUUAACCACUUGUCUCCCAGUCCAGAAGUGAGUCACAACUGGUCUUAGUGGUGUUGAGAUCUUUCUGAGAGGGUUAGAGGUGAACUGAGGGCAGCAUUUAGUGUCAAUGAAGUGAGAGAAACAGGCAGGUCGAGAGCUUGGGUGAUCAGGUGGCUUGUGUUCUCGCUCAUUGCCACCUAAAAGGGGUCCAAUCACAGUCUACUGUCCUACUGAGAAUUCUUCCAUUCCAUUGCUCCUUUUCGCUCAUAUAAAAUACAUUUGGCAUGUUUCUUGCUGUCUUUUUCUUAAUUUUUUCUCCCUCCCACAGGGGGUAUAAAAAAAAUUAUGUAUGCACUAACUGUAAAUCGCUCUGGAUAAGAGUGUCUGCUAAAUGACUAAAAUGUAAAUGUAAAAAUGUCUGACGCACACUCUCACAAACACACACUCCCAUACGUGUGCGCACGCACAAUAGCACACAUUUGUGCACACACACACACACACACACACACUCCUUUCAUCUUCCUCUUGAUUUGAAUGCUGGCAUUUGGCUGCUCCUUUGUUGUGAGCUGAAUACUCCAUCUUUUCCUGCACUGUAAUAAACUCAAAGUGUUCUUCAGCUCUGCGGGGCUGUUCAGAGAACCUAACCAACCGAACUGAGGAAAAGGCCAGGUAGAAUAAUCAUGGCUCGGUCAGCAAGUACAGCUCUUUCAUCCUUCAUCCUCAGACCACUAUAGUCAACAACACUCUCAGUUCAGUCAGUAUUAGGAUAUCUUAUGAUUGGCUAAAGUUACCUUGUUCAAAACAGCAAUCAUUCUAGAGAUAGUAUGUUUGUAGAGAUGCAUAGAGAUUCUGUGCAGAACAGGACAGCACCGUCACAUGGAAGUUGAGGGCCUGGUUGUCAGAGAGCGAGCGGGGGACAUGGAGUCCGGGGAUAUGGCGGCGGGCGACAUGGGGGAGGGGAGAGGUCAGUAGGGUUAAACUAGUCUAAUUCAGCAUACGCAUCAAAUAUUCACAAAUCAGGGAGGAGGGGGAACUACUGUUUGGGCUUGAUAAAAUCAGCUGCUCUGCUAGAACUGGUUGUCCAAUUGCAUGCCACAGUUGGUAAAGUAGUUAAAAGCCUGUCGUUGGUCCCUCAUCCGUAUGCUUCAACAAUCACACAGGCAUUUAUGCACAGACCCACCUUUUAUUUAUUUAUUAUCCGGAAAGCUCAUGUAAUUUAUUCAUACCCUUUACCUUCAGAAAUGGCAGAGGGAAGCGCUCUUCACAAAGAAUUCCUAGGUUAUCUUUUCAGUGGUCCCUCAGGAUCCCCUCUCCAGGGAUUUGAAUGUCUACGUCUACCUUUUCUGUUUGUGGUCUGACAGGAGACUCCAAAGUAACACCAUGUGUACAAUAAUAUUUGAUUAUUUCAUCCCAGGUGACUUUCAAUAAUAGAUAGAGGAACACAGAACAAUGGAACAGUAGGAGGAGCUAAAUAAUACAGAAUUCUUAUUUUGUCAAAUAAAUAGGGAUGUUUUCAUACUUUCGAAGUAAGUUGAGGUUCUUCAUUCUUAACUCUGACAAAUAUAAGGGUUAUAGGUCGUAGAUGGGUUAUAGAUGGGUUAUGUAUGAGCUAUAUAUGAGUUUAUAGAUGGUUUAUGUAGAUGAGUUAAUGUAGAUGGGUUAGAGAUGAGUUUAUAGAUGGGUUAUAGAUGAGUUUAUAGAUGGGUUAUAGAUGAGUUUAUAGAUGGGUUAUAGAUGCAUCUUGUCUUGAUGAAUUUGUGAUACAGUAAACUAUCCUAAACAAGCCUGUUAUCAGUACUACUGUAUGAGCAAGCCAAUGCUGCUUAUAACAUAUCAGAUAUCAGAUAUACAAACUACAGCAAGUAGUUCUGCACACGGCUGUAUUCCAUGUGCAGCUGGCAGGGCUGUUUGUUCAGUUGUAUUCCAUGUGCAGCUGGCAGGGCUGUUAGUUUGGGUUUUGUUCAAUUGUAUUCCAUGUGCAGCUGGCAGGGCUGUUUGUUCCGUUGUAUUCCAUGUGCAGCUGGCAUGGCUGUUGGUUUGGGUUUUGUUCCGUUGUAUUCCAUGUGCAGCUGGCAGGGCUGUUAGUUUGGGUUUUGUUCCGUUGUAUUCCAUGUGCAGCUGGCAGGGCUGUUAGUUUGGGUUUUGUUCCGUUGUAUUCCAUGUGCAGCUGGCAGGGCUGUUAGUUUGGGUUUUGUUCCGUUCUAUUCCAUGUGCAGCUGGCAGGGCUGUUAGUUUGGGUUUUGUUCCGUUGUAUUCCAUGUGCAGCUGGCAGGGCUGUUUGUUCCAUUGUAUUCCAUGUGCAGCUGGCAUGGCUGUUGGUUUGGGUUUUGUUCCGUUGUAUUCCAUGUGCAGCUGGCAGGGCUGUUAGUUUGGGUUUUGUUCCGUUGUAUUCCAUGUGCAGCUGGCAGGGCUGUUAGUUUGGGUUUUGUUCCGUUGUAUUCCAUGUGCAGCUGGCAGGGCUGUUAGUUUGGGUUUUGUUCCGUUGUAUUCCAUGUGCAGCUGGCAGGGCUGUUUGUUCCGUUGUAUUCCAUGUGCAGCUGGCAGGGCUGUUAGUUUGGGUUUUGUUCCGUUGUAUUCCAUGUGCAGCUGGCAGGGCUGUUUGUUCCGUUGUAUUCCAUGUGCAGCUGGCAGGGCUGUUAGUUUGGGUAUUGUUCCGUUGUAUUCCAUGUGCAGCUGGCAGGGCUGUUAGUUUGGGUUUUGUUCCGUUGUAUUCCAUGUGCAGCUGGCAGGGCUGUUUGUUCCGUUGUAUUCCAUGUGCAGCUGGCAGGGCUGUUAGUUUGGGUUUUGUUCAGUUGUAUUCCAUGUGCAGCUGGCAGGGCUGUUAGUUUGGGUUUUGUUCCGUUGUAUUCCAUGUGCAGCUGGCAGGGCUGUUUGUUCCGUUGUAUUCCAUGUGCAGCUGGCAGGGCUGUUAUUUUUUAUUUUUUUCCUUUGUAUUCCAUGUGCAGCUGGCAGGGCUGUUAGUUUGGGUUUUGUUCCGUUGUAUUCCAUGUGCAGCUGGCAGGGCUGUUAGUUUGGGUUUUGUUCCGUUGUAUUCCAUGUGCAGCUGGCAGGGAUGUUUGUUCCGUUGUAUUCCAUGUGCAGCUGGCAGGGCUGUUAGUUUGGGUUUUGUUCCGUUGUAUCCCAUGUGCAGCUGGCAGGGAUGUUCGUUUGGGUAUUGUUCUGUUGUAUUCCAUGUGCAGCUGGCAGGGCUGUUUGUUUGGGUAUUUUGGGGGAUCUAAGCUGUGCUGCUGUGCCGCUGUGCCAACCUCAGGGGUCAUCUGUGGAAGCAUAGCUCCGGGCACUUACACUGGGAAGUUAGUUUUACUGCAUGGAAGUUGGCAAGAGCCUGGGACUUUAUGAUCUGUAGUACACAUCAACUUUAUAUCUGAAGCACUAUAUGGAAUAAGCAUAUUUGAGAUGUUUACAAUAUCCACCAUGGUAGUCUUACCCCAGGCACUUCUAUUCUAUUUGUUGAUCUAAUCAUUUUACCAUUUUAAACAUGUUGGCUGGAGUGUUACUGUUAUCUAUUGCCAAGACAGGAGAGUUGUGACAUAGGUCGAGUAUCACCCUGUAUAGUACUGGCCAAGUGUGAUACUGUUGUUUUGAUUUGCCUUAUCAAUGCGCUUCCCGCUAUCUCUGUUACUCUCUUCCUCUCCAGUUUGUGUCCCAGCCAAACUGCCAGCAGCUCCUGGCCACCCUGUGGUACGACGGUUUCCCGGGGUGGCGCAGACGCCACUGGGCGGUCAAGCUGGUCACCUGCUUCACCAUUGGCCUGCUCUUCCCCAUCUUCUCCCUGGUCUAUCUGCUGGCCCCUAAGAGCACCCUGGGCCUCUUCAUCAAGAAACCCUUCAUCAAGUUCAUCUGCCACACAGCCUCCUACCUGACAUUCCUUUUCCUCCUACUCCUGGCCUCCCAGCACAUCGUGAGAACAGACCUGCACGUCCAGGGCCCGCCGCCAACCGUGGUGGAGUGGAUGAUCCUUCCCUGGGUGCUGGGUGAGCAGGGGGGUGGGGUGGCAGGCAGUGACGGGGGAGGUUCUAUAGAAUCCACCACUGUAAAGAGGAGGAGGGCUAGAGAGAUAUCCUUAACGGUCAGUGUCGUACCUUUUUUCAUGAUUACACACGGGCCUUAUCGUUAUAAUCCACUCAAACAGGUUCUAACUGGUAAUUGGGUGGAUAUUGAGAAAUACAAUGCUGUAUUUGCUGCCGUUAAUCGGUUUCUGAUUUGGACUAGUUGUUCUGAUAGAAAAACUAUCAUGACAGGUGACAUUAAUCGUAGUGUGCAAUGCCAUGUGUCUUACUGACUGACGCCUGUUUGCCCUUCAGGCUUCAUCUGGGCUGAGAUAAAGGAGAUGUGGGACGGAGGCUUCACUGAGUACGUCCAUGACUGGUGGAACCUGAUGGACUUUGCCAUGAACUCCCUCUACUUGGCCACUAUCUCACUCAAAAUAGUUGCUUACUUCAAGGUAAGUCACACGUUUAUCUUUUCAAGAUGAGUUGAUGAUAUUUUGAGGGCUAAGAAAUUCCUGUCUAUUUAUUUUUGCCCACGUACACAUUGCAAAAUGAUAACCAUGGCCUUCUGGCAGGUAGCUAACAGCCCUCUCUCUACCUCUCUCUGUUUCAACAACAGUACAACAGCUCUCGGCCGCGGGAGGAGUGGGAGAUGUGGCACCCAACGCUGAUCGCUGAGGGCCUGUUUGCUAUCGCCAACAUCUUCAGCUCCCUGCGCCUCAUCUCCCUGUUCACAGCCAACUCCCACCUGGGGCCUCUGCAGAUCUCCCUGGGACGCAUGCUGCUGGACAUCCUCAAGUUCCUCUUCAUCUACUGCCUGGUGCUGUUGGCCUUUGCCAACGGACUCAACCAGCUGUACUUCUACUAUGAGACCAAGGCCUCGGACGAACCCAAUAACUGCAAGGGCAUCCGCUGUGAGAAGCAGAACAAUGCCUUCUCUACGUGAGUCAUCUGAGGGCCCUUGUCCUAGAAAUACUGUGUAAUGACAAAAGGAGGGUUUGGAUAAACAGAGAAAGAAGAACGUAUAGAGAGAUGAAUGAGAUGAAUACCUUCUGAGACAAGGAGGGGAGUGAAGAGGUAGAGGAAAGGAAGGAGCUUUAAAGAAAUUGGGAGGGGAACAGAGAGAGCAUGAAGAGAUGUGAAUUGACAGAAUCGUUCGGGAAGAGGGUGGCAGGUUUGGAAUAGGAGCAGGAAUAGGUGUCAGGUACUAAACAGGGUCUUAUACUCCAAUACCUAUUGCAAUUGAAAAGCACUUUUUCUUGUGUUCCGAGGUUUCACACAGAUACCUACAGUGUGCACAUAAUCCUCUCCCUGUCCCGUAAUGAAUAAAAGAUACUGCAGUGUACUAAAUCUCAUCUGCUUCCUCCAGCCCCUGAGUCAUUUUGGAGACUGAGCGGUUUGCAUCUCUCGCCUCCAUCUGUUUUAUAGGUUUUAAUAGCACAUUGAGUAACUGUAAGGCAAAAUAUCAGUUUGGCUUUCAAAAAAAGUAUCUGUGUAUCUUGUUCUUUCCCAGGCUGUUUGAGACGUUGCAAUCCCUGUUCUGGUCGAUAUUCGGCCUGCUCAACCUGUACGUGACCAACGUGAAAGCACGCCAUGAGUUCACAGAGUUUGUGGGAGCAACCAUGUUCGGUACCUACAACGUUAUCUCCCUGGUGGUGCUGCUCAACAUGCUCAUCGCCAUGAUGAACAACUCCUAUCAGCUCAUCGCUGUGAGUCACGUCAUAUCGUUUCUCUCUAUCCAGCUCUCUCAGCUGUCUGCUAGCUCCUUUAUCAGGGGAACUCACAUGGACCUUCCCAUCUUUUUCGUGGAGUUCUUGCUGGUGCUUAUGGGUAUAGACAGACAAAUGAUGAUCACUGCUUCUGCUGCAUAACGAUCAAGUGGCUCUUGCAGUUGAUCUCAAGAAGUUAUGCAAAGUGUCUCUCCAUCUCAGCAGGAAUAUGAACCAGAAUGAGUCAUUGUCAUAAAAUAUGUUGCAGAUCAUGAAGGCAGAUCAUGCAUCUUAGAGAGUUUGUUGUUGUGGUGCUGCAGGCAUCACACAGAGACAUUUAUAUCAGUUUAUUUUCCUCCAUGUAACCUUUCUGCGAGAGCUGAUGUAAGCCGGUGGUAGAGGGCCUUCCGCCCAUGUAUCACACUCCCUGGGAGCUUUAUGAAAAUGCACACACACCACACACACCCACACAGAUCCUACAAUCCACCAACCAACCCCCAUCUCUCCCAUCAGAGAACAGCGCAUUGCCGAAGGCACAUCUAUGGAAAAGGGAAGACAUGAUAAGGAAACAAUUUAUUUAAAGCAGUUAAAAUGUUAUUUUAGCCCUGCUAUUAAAUGGGUUUUUCAUCACACUCAGUGAUAGUAAAGAUGAUCACAUAUGAUGUAAAAGAGAUUUAUUUCUGAUGGUGCAGCCCUCCUUUAAUAUCUAAAUGCCCUUGUACAGGACCAUGCGGACAUUGAAUGGAAGUUUGCCCGCACCAAGUUGUGGAUGAGUUAUUUUGACGAGGGAGGAACUCUCCCUCCGCCCUUCAACAUCGUUCCCAGCCCCAAGUCAGUGUGGUACCUGUGUGUGUGGAUGCACAACCGCCUGUGUGGAGGGGACCAGCCCAGUCCUGACGACCCGAGGAAACACGAGAACUUAAAGGAGUUCACGGUACAACAUUUACAAACUUGUACAAUCAAUGUAGUAUACAGUGUACACACAUUCACUACAUUCUCACCUGGAUGUUUCCUUUUGCUGUGUCAUAUCAGUAAAAGACGUGAGAUUGGUUUAGUACAAUCAUUACCUUGCUCCUCUAUUUCUAUAUAAUGACCAAACAGUAUACCUUUUAUGGGAUCCUUGCCUGUAAAUGUUAUGGAGAACUUGAGAAUAGUGUUAGGGCUAUCAGUUUCCCCCAGCUGUGAAGUUACUGACAAGGGGCUGCAUAUCCUGCUUGUCCAGCUGCAGUGGGCAGGCACAUGUUGCCAAGCAACCCUUCCUCAGGCACCAAAUUCCCUGGAUGUCUCCUAGUCAGCUGAACUUCUCUCCUCUGCCAGCAGCAAUCACCUGUUCUACCGUUCCACUGUUCUACUCCACACUCCUGCUAACACAUAGGACUCCACGUUACCUUCACCCACUCACCAAACACAGCAGACAUGUUUUGGGAUAUAAUGUUGGAUAAUAACGCCUAUGCACCCUUUUGGUUCAGUAGUGUGGUUUGAAGAGGAGAAAAUAUAGCGGAACAAAGCCUGAAAUGAUCUUUAUAUUGGUGCGAUAUUUUUGCCUCUCUAACUUUCUCACACAUCAUUAUUCAAGAUUCAUUCAUGAUUAAUCUGUAGUCGUGGUUGCAUCCACAUUAAUGUAGAAGUGUUUAGAAACACAUAAUAUAUUGUUUACAAUAAAAGUGACUGCUGAAUGACACAAUACAUGAUUUACUAUUCAUUUCAAUUGGUCACAAAAUUAUCUGAAACACAACCAAAACAUAUAGCAAAUGCAUGCAUCCAGCAAGUUUGUAGAGUCACAAGUAUGAUGUAAUUAUUGCGUGCUAGGAAUAUGGGACCAAAUACACAUUUAAGUGAAUUUGUCCAAAUACUUUUGGUCCCCUAAAAUGGUGGGACUAUAUACAAAUAGUGCAGUAAUGUCUAAACGGUUCACCUGAUAUGGAUGAAAAUACCCUCAAAUGAAAGCUGACAGUAUGCACUUCAACGUCAUAUUUAUUGUAUCAUUUCAAAUCCAAAGUGCUGGAGUACAGAUCCAAAACAAAAACAAAUGUUACUGUCCAAAUACUUUUGAACCUUAAAUUCCUUAGCGCUUUAACCACUGUUUAGAAUAUGUGUAUUGCGUCGCUCUCACAGUACAACUGUAACAUGCAGCAGCAGAGAAACCAGUUUAUUUUAUUUAUUUAUUUCACCUUUAUUUAACCAGGUAAGCCAGUUGAGAACAAGUUCUCAUUUACAACUGCGACCUGGCCAAGAUAAAGCAAAGUAGUAGUAGUAGUAGUAGUGAUACUAAUAUGUUUGUGCGGUUAAUAUAAAUUCUGCACAUGAAAAAAGUAGUUUCAUUCUUCUACUUUUCAUUUUGUUCUAGGAGCGUCAUGCUGACAACCUGAUUCAGAACCAGCAUUAUCAGGUAAAAAGCAGCUAUCAUAACAACCAUGGAAAAGAGUGUGUGCAUGUCUAUACACACACACACACACACACACACACAUUGUGACGGCCCUGAAUAUUUCUGAACCGUCUCAAGGCUUCUCCUUCUAAUAGGGCGCUUCCCCUUUAAUUCCCCAUUAAAUAGCCAGCAUCAGCUGCGCAAAAGAGAAGUUGUGAUUGAGACCUGAAUGAGGAUGUGUACUACCUUCAGUUCAUGAAGCUUCGCCAUGACGUUUGUUUGGUUGCCUUACAGUGUGUUUUGUGGCCUUAAAGCGAGUUUACCCAGGAUUGGAUCCACUCUGUGCGUCUGUGGACUACAACUCUCCGUUGGUUUUCGUGGCCUUUCCUCCGCUGGAGGGCUGUUGGCGGAUUGUCUGACUGACCGACUGACUACAACUUUUUGUAUACGGUAUUUCAUUUGUUUGGGGUGAUGUAUACUGUGAUUUAUGUAGUUGUGAGGACGUAUUAUUCUUUGGGUAGUCUUUGAUACGCUUUAUAGUUGUGUUACAAAAUAAGUGUUAUUUUGAGUGUAUGAAUAUACUGGGUUUAUGCUACGGACAAGCGUUGCGGGACUAAGGGCACUUGAGCCACGGAACUUAUUUACCGGGCUGGACUCUUUUUAUGCCCGAGGUACAGGACAUUUCUAAAUGAACAUAAGUGCAUUGAUUUGUUAUAUUGUUGUGUGUGGGUGGGUGUGAUCAUUUAUGUUGUGAAUACAACCAAGCAAAGGAAUACACUUGUUUGAAGUUCUUUCCAAGGUUUUUAGGGGUUUAUGAAAAGUAUAUUUCCAUCUUUACUUUUACAUAAGUCCUUUGUAUUGGUGUGACUUGACGGACCAGAUGGGACUCAUUCCCUCCCGAACUAAAAGGAGGGACCCAUGCUUUCUCUGGUAGGCACAACCUACCUGGCACCCCUAUAAAUACCUCAAGUCAAAACCGUUACAUAAAAAAUGGCACCCCAGAUGGGACUUCAACAUUGAGAAAUAACCAAAGCAAAUCUUUUGAGUGGAAUUAAAAUAAUGGAUUCACUACAAGAAAAUGUGCUCAUCCAUAUCCUACCUGUCAAUGGGAAUACACAGGGCCAUUCUGACUACCGAGCCAACAAUACAAAUCAUAAUGUGAAUGGAAAUAAUGGAGUUGAUGUGGGCCAGAGCCCUGGGAAUCUAAAUGCUCGGUCUGGACCACAGGCCACAGGUCUAACUAGUAACUCACUUAUUGACAUGGAUCUGUGUGAAGGUACUGAGCUAGCCCUCCCUCUGACGCCCACUCUUCCUCUAUUGUCUGGUUUAUCUCCAGAGGUAGUAGUCUUACAACUUCAAGGUGACAUCCUUGAUAUUCGUAAGACUCAACAACAUCUCCAAACUCUAAUCCAUCAUAAAUUCAAAUGUCUGAGUGUAGAGCAACAACAGAGUGCCAAUGAAUUCAGAAACUCACUGAGUACUCUAACUCACACUCUGACAGAGCUCAGUGAGAGUGGAAGACAGGAAAUUACUGGUGCCAUGGACAGGCAGUUUGACUACCAACAAAGCCAACUCACUGCCACUCUCCAGUGGCGCCUGCAACAUCAUCACACUGAGGUCCUCAAGGACGUCAAUUCGGUAUUUUCUCCCCUGGUUAACACUGUAGACCACUUGCAGACAGCGCUCUCUAAUUGUGUUAAAAUGUUGGAUGAUGUGUCUGUUGACAUGGCCUCCAUUAGGCACAACUCCUUGCACAGAGCUUCUCUUGUGUCCACUUCUGUUCAGACCACUGAGGGCCAGGCGGGCACCUCAGAACAGCCAAGACAAGGCCAUGUUGCAGCCACCCCUUGCAGGAUGCAAUCCACCAUGCAUCCUGGUGUUCAUUUUCAUGGUCCCAUAACUCCCUCACCCUCUACUUCCUCAAUCCCUCCUAGCUCUUUUGUUCAUGGUGAUUUGAGUAGACGUCAUGUGGGAGCGAUGCCCAUUAAAUUGCAAUUUCCCACCUUUGGGAAAAAGGAUGACAGUCCUGAUCCGCUAAUGUAUCUGGAAAGAUGUCAUGACUUUCUUGCCCUCAAUCCCCUGGCUGACGAAGAACUCCUUGCCACAUUGAGGAAUGUGUUGCAUGGGACAGCUCGAGACUGGUGGGAUGUGGCACGUCUCACCACUACCUCCUGGGCUGACUUUGAGGCCAAGUUUUCCUCUGCAUUUCUGUCUGAGGACUACACAGAUGAGCUGGCAGACAGAGUCAGGAAUCGAGUGCAAAGGGAGAAUGAGAAUAUUCGUGACUUUGCAUACGGUUAUCACUCCCUGUGCAGAAGGUGGAAACCUGGCAUUGAGGAGGAAGAGGUCAUUAAGUUGAUCUUGAAGAACAUCAACCCACUACUAGCCAGUCAACUCAGAGAAAGAGUCACCACUGUCGAUGGACUGGUUCGCCUGGGACAGCAGUUCGAGAAGGACAGAGAAUGCCAACAGCAAUAUGAACAGAGAAAGAAACAGACACCCAGACAGUUACCCAAGACAGAUCAUCAACCACAGCCAGAGUCUCCAGCCAAGACCCCUCCCAUGUUCUGUUGGAGAUGUAGCCAAAAGGGACAUUCUUCAGCUACAUGCCCAAGACCGUAUCAAGUAAACCCUUCCAGAAACCACAAAUUACAACAGGCCAACACCCCUAACACACUUCGCAGGAACGACCAUCCUACUCUGGGUGCUUUGACCAGAGCUGAAACCUCAAGAGUCACUGCCUACGCCCCCCCGCCGACAUCCCCUUCCUUCCAGUUAAUACCACACCAGCUGGUGUUACCCCUGUCCAUAGGCUCAUGGACAGGAAGAGCCAUCCUGGACACCGGGUCAUCCUACACACUGCUCAAUGAGAAACUGUGGAAGGAGGUUGAAGGUCCAAAAUACAACUUGAAGCCGUGGACAGAAGGUCCACUGUAUCUGGCUGACGGUGCGGCUAAACGACCACUUGGAUGGAGUGAGGUGGAAUUCCGCCUGUGUAACCGCUCCUAUAUGAUUCCUUCGGUUAUCCUACAAAACAAGAACCUUGCUUUUCCUGUCGUGUUGGGAAUUGAUUUCAUGUACUUCAGUGGUGUCCAGAUUGAUAUCGCACACAAUUGCUACUGGUUUCCAAACAAUCCGAGCAAGAAGCAUUUCUUCCAAUCAGAAGUUACAAAGUUACAUGAUUGGGGUCUAAAUGUGGCAGUCUUCUCUGCCGUUGCUACGGUACCACUAACCCUGGAUAAUCCUUCUGAGGAUCUCCUUUUACAGGCUGUAAGAAGAGCUCAGCUGGAACAGCCAGAGGAGUUAAGGCUGUUGGAACAGCUGCAGAAUAAUGCUGAUGUGUGUACUUCAAAGUUAGGACGCACCGGACUCCUGAAGCACAAAAUAUUCCUUACACAGGAAAUGCCGAUCAAGCAAAAGCCAUAUCGUUUGUCCCCAGCGAAGCUAAUCAUCCAAAAGGGACUCAUUAAUGAUAUGUUGACACAAGAUAUAAUAGAACGUUCCUCCUCUCCCUGGGCUGCUCCUGUUGUCCUCAUUCCAAAAAAGACCGGUGGUCUUAGAUUUUGUGUGGACUAUAGGAAGACCAACAAUGUUUCCCAGACUGAUGCCUAUCCUCUUCCCACCAUCCACGAGAUCCUGGAGUCAUUGUCUGGCGCUGUUGUGUUCACUACCCUUGACCUCAAUAGUGGCUAUUGGCAGGUUGAGAUGGACCAGGAAAGCAAGGACAAGACUGCUUUUGUCUGUGCUGAGGGCUUGUUUUCCUUUAAGGUGAUGCCUUUUGGAUUAAAGAAUGCACCUGCCACUUUCCAAAGACUCAUGGAGAUUGCGUUAGGUGAGCUCAAAGGGAAGAUAUGUUUCGUCUACCUGGACGAUAUAAUUAUCUACUCCCAGAACAGAGAGCAACACUUUCAAGACCUUCAAGCAGUGUUGGACAAGCUAAGAGAAGCUGGUCUGACAGUGAACAUGAAGAAGAGCAACUUCUGCCAAACCUCCCUGAAGUUCCUUGGCCAUAUUGUGUCUUGUGAUGGUAUUCAUGUGGAUCCUGAAAAGACCAAGGCUGUACAAGACUUCCCUGUGCCAACCACACUCAAGGCCCUUCAACGGUUCCUUGGGAUGGCGGGAUGGUACCAUCGGUUUGUGUGGAACUUCUCCCAGGUGGCAGAACCCCUCAACGGGUUGAAGCGAAAAGGAGCGAAAUUCCGAUGGACGGCAGAGUGCCAGAACUCCUUUGAAACCCUGAAACGACACCUCGUCACCCCUCCCAUUUUGGGUCAUCCCAACUUUGAUUUCCCUUUUGUUGUUUACACUGAUGCAAGUGAUGUUGGACUUGGUGCUGUCCUAGUCCAACAGACUAGACUUGGUACUGAAGAAGUGCUAGCGUUCGCCAGUCGGACAUUGAAUGGAGCAGAACGGAACUACUCCACAACCGAGCAAGAGUGCCUUGCAGUUGUCUGGGCUUUGGAAAAGUGGAGGUACUACCUGGAGGGAAGACACUUCACUGUGGUCACUGACCAUUCCUCCCUUGUGUGGGUGUUCAAGACCAACAAACCAAGCACCAGGCUCAUCAGAUGGGCUCUACGGUUGCAAGAGUUCACCUUUGCAGUAGAAUACAGGAAAGGAAAAUACAACACUGUUCCAGAUGCCUUAUCCAGAGCUCCUGCUUGUGGUAAUGGUGGCCCUCAUCUUACAUGUGCUACUGUCCUGUCUAGCAGUCGAGACUCACCCAAAACUGACUUUCCCAUCUCUGAUGAGGUCAUUUGGAAAGCCCAACAGGAUGAUCCCGAAGUACAGGCUUUGUACCAGACUAUCCUGGAAGAUGAAGAAAAGAUGGUCAACCCUACCACAAAGAUGACCAUCAUUGAAGACAAAGUCUACCGAGUUGUACAACUACCUCACAGAAUACUCUACCAAAUAUACAUACCUGAAACUCUACGCCUUCAACUGCUUCAACAUUUCCAUGAAGACCCAUUAGCUGGUCAUUUGGGCAGGUUCAAAACCUACAAACGUUUGCAAGCAUUACUGUACUGGCCACAUCUGAGCAUGGAUGUGAAAUCACAUAUCCGAAAAUGUCAGGUUUGUCAAAUGUACAAACCAGAAGGUAGAAAACCUGCUGGCAAGUUGCAGCAAACUGUGGUUACCCGACCUUGGGAAAUGUUAGGAGUGGAUUUGAUGGGUCCAUUUCCUAGAAGCUCCAAUCAGAAUGUGUACAUGCUUGUUUUUGUUGAUUACUAUUCCAAGUGGGUUGAGCUCUUUGCCCUGCGUCAGGCCACAGCGAGGACCGUCUCUAACAUCCUUACGAGAGAGAUCCUGACUCGCUGGGGAGUGCCUGAUUACAUUCUGUCUGAUCGAGGUUCCCAAUUUGUCUCUGAUCUCUUUGGAGAGACCUGCCAAAGAUGGAACCUGAGACAGAAGUUGACCACAGCCUAUCACCCACAGACCAACCUCACUGAGAGAGUAAAUCGAACCUUGAAGACCAUGGUUGCUUCCUAUGUAGGGACCCAGCACAAACACUGGGACACGCACCUUCACGAGUUUCGAUUUGCCCUGAAUUCUGCUGUGCAAGAGUCCACUGGAGUCACACCUGCAGAGCUGAACCUAAGUCGUCUCCUCCGAGGACCCUUGGAUAUGGGGCUACAGCCCCAGCAGCUUACUCCAGACGCUGCUUGCUAUGACCAGGUAGUCCAUCUCCACGACUUGAGAGCUCUUGUCUCAAGGAACAUGAUCCAGGCUCGACUCAAGCAGAAGAGAAAUUAUGAUAAGAACAGACGAGACCUGCAGUUCCAGCUUCGUGAUCGGGUGUGGCUUCGCUCUCAUCCUUACUCGAAAGCUGAACAAUUCUUCUCGGCCAAGCUCGCUCCUAAAUGGCAAGGACCAUAUAGGAUUGUGGAGCAGGUGGGCCCUUUGAACUACCGAGUGGUGAAAGAGGACACAGGUGAAGAUAUGCGCGUUGUCCAUGUCUCACGCCUUAAGGCCUGUUACCCCUCGGCUGAGGAAUUGGAGGAGAUUGAGCGCCGCAAGGUCCUGGAGAUCUUUGAAGAGGAAAGUAAGGAGACUUUUCUCGGAUUCCCAGACCCAGAAGUCUCACGGCUUAAUGCCUGUGACCCCUCAGCUGAGGAGCGUGAGCGCCAAAAAGUAAUGAAUAUUUUUGUAGAGGAAAGUGAUGAGGAGACCUUUCUCGGUUUCCCCCGACCAAGAUCUGCCUUCCCGGGCAAUGGUCGGCUUUUUCCAGGGGAGGGGGUGUGUGACGGCCCUGAAUAUUUCUGAACCGUCUCAAGGCUUCUCCUUCUAAUAGGGCGCUUCCCCUUUAAUUCCCCAUUAAAUAGCCAGCAUCAGCUGCGCAAAAGAGAAGUUGUGAUUGAGACCUGAAUGAGGAUGUGUACUACCUUCAGUUCAUGAAGCUUCGCCAUGACGUUUGUUUGGUUGCCUUACAGUGUGUUUUGUGGCCUUAAAGCGAGUUUACCCAGGAUUGGAUCCACUCUGUGCGUCUGUGGACUACAACUCUCCGUUGGUUUUCGUGGCCUUUCCUCCGCUGGAGGGCUGUUGGCGGAUUGUCUGACUGACCGACUGACUACAACUUUUUGUAUACGGUAUUUCAUUUGUUUGGGGUGAUGUAUACUGUGAUUUAUGUAGUUGUGAGGACGUAUUAUUCUUUGGGUAGUCUUUGAUACGCUUUAUAGUUGUGUUACAAAAUAAGUGUUAUUUUGAGUGUAUGAAUAUACUGGGUUUAUGCUACGGACAAGCGUUGCGGGACUAAGGGCACUUGAGCCACGGAACUUAUUUACCGGGCUGGACUCUUUUUAUGCCCGAGGUACAGGACAUUUCUAAAUGAACAUAAGUGCAUUGAUUUGUUAUAUUGUUGUGUGUGGGUGGGUGUGAUCAUUUAUGUUGUGAAUACAACCAAGCAAAGGAAUACACUUGUUUGAAGUUCUUUCCAAGGUUUUUAGGGGUUUAUGAAAAGUAUAUUUCCAUCUUGACUUUUACAUAAGUCCUUUGUAUUGGUGUGACUUGACGGACCAGAUGGGACUCAUUCCCUCCCGAACUAAAAGGAGGGACCCAUGCUUUCUCUGGUAGGCACAACCUACCUGGCACCCCUAUAAAUACCUCAAGUCAAAACCGUUACAACAUACAUACACCCUCUUGACGCCUCAUUGUUGAGCUGCAUGAAUGACAUUUGUACUGCACAUGUGUAUUAGAAUAUAUUAUUACACUGUUGACCUUUUAGGAAAGUGGGGGACAGGUGUCAGUUACUGGAUCUAUCAUCGUCAUGGUGGUGGUGAACUUGGUGGCAGGUUCUAUUUUUAUCCUAGACAUAUCCCAAUGGGCACACACUAGUUGAAUCAACGUUGUUUUAACAUCAUUUCUCAACCUAUUGUGACAUGGAAUCUAAAUGGAAAACCCAUUUGGAUUUGAAAAAAGUCAUCAACCAGUACUGUUUUCAUCUAAUUUAAACAUUGAAAUUAGGGAAAACUUAAACUUAAAUACAAUAACUUAACUUGACUAACAGGUUGUGACAUCAAUCUAAUUUCAACAUAAUCACAGAACUAUGUACAGUAUAUGUUGAAAUUCCGCAUAGAAAUGUUAAAAAUCUUUUUCAUCCUAUAUUCAAUAUACAGUAUAUUGGGUGGUUGAAAUUAUGUUGUAUUUUAUAGUUCAUUAGACAUAUUUUAUUUGAUCUUGUUUCAAUGUUGAUAGUAAAAAAUCAACAGCAUUGUUUCAAUGUCAUGCCUUCAACCUAAAUAAAGAGGUAUAUUGAAAUAAAAUGUGAAGCCACAGUCCAACAAUUCCUGCCUGAACAGUGACUCCUACUGGUAUAUAAGGGGUAAUGCACUUCUGGGAGAACAAGUCUACCAUCCAGAUACCUACCUCUAUGUACCCUGCUUGGCUUUAGAAACAUGCUGUGUUCGUUUAAGCUGAGCUAUCAUGUCAACACAUUUAGACAUUGAUCAGCUUCCAUACUCAUUUGCGUAGACACCCUAAAUAACAUUGAUUAGUUGAAAUUAACUAACUUUUUUUACACAUGCUGUAUGUGAAAGUACAUUUGGAGUGAGGUUGGGUCUAUGUAAGCUACAUUGACAUCUGAUUUGCCCAAAGGACACCAUCAUUUCAACAUGUAUGCUAUUCUAUGUAUGGUAUUCAUACAUGGUUAAUUGGAUCUUUGGAAGUUUAGAAGUAUCAUUAGCCCUAUAAAUAGGAUGCCAAAUUCAUGAUAUUAAUAAUACACUUUUACAUUUGGAUAAUGUCUCUUAUAUGAAGGAUGAUUGGUUGAUUUCAAAUUUCUAAGUUAAUAAUUCAUGUUGGAUUCAAGUCUCCAUCUCAGCCAAAAAUCGAAGUUGAAGAAUAGAACUAAAUCAAAUCAAACUUUAUUUGAAGUGCAUUAAAAGUUUGAUUCGAUUAAGUGCUAUUCUUUAACUUUGAUUGUUGGUUGAGAUGGAGACGUGAAUCCAACAUAGCAAUAACUAAUUUGUAGACAAACUGGAUAUUUAAUUGUGAACGCAACCAAAUAUCAACAUUUGAAGGAGACGUGUCUUCUGUUUGGAUAGUAUAUACAGUAUAUAUUAUGAAUAACACAUAUAAAAGACAAUAUCCAAAGGUAAAAUUGUAUUAUUAAUAUUGUGAAUUUAGCAUAAUACGUAAAAGGCUAAUGGUAACAACUUCUAAACUUCUAAAGUUCCAAUCAACAAUGGAUGAAUGAUAAUAUACCUAGCUUCACGUUGAAAUGAUGGUGUCCUUUGGGCAAAUCAGAUGUCAAUGUAACCUACAUAAACCAAAACUCACUCUGAAUUUACUUUCACAUACAGCAAGUGUAAGAAAAGUUAGUGACUUUCAACUAUUCAAUGUUAUUUAGGUAGUCUAUGCAAAUGAGUAUGGAAGCUGAUCAGUGUCUAAAUGUGUUGACAUGAUAGCUCAGCUGAAACAAGCACAUCUUAUUUCCAAAGCUAAGCAGGGUACAUAGAGAUAUGUAUCAGGAUGGUAGACUUGUUCUCCCUGAAGUUAAUUACCCCUCAUAUACCAGUAGGAGUCGCUGUUCAGGGAGGAAUCAUUGGACUGUGUCUAAACAUUAUAUGUCAAUAUACCUCUUUAUUUAGGUUGUUGAAACAAUGACAUUGAUUCAAACAUACCAUUUUACUAUCAACAUUGAAAUACGGUCAAAUUAAAUGUCUAAUCAAAUAUGAAAUUCAACAUAUUUUCAACCACCCAACAAUAUACAUAUAUUGAAUAUAGGAUGAAAAAGGUUUUAAAAGUUUCUACGUGGAAUUUAACACAAUUUCAAUGUUUACAUAGUUCUGAUGAUUAUGUUAAAAUUAGAUUGAUGUAACAACUUGUUAGUCAGGUUAAGUCAUUGUAUUUAAUAUGAAGAUUCCACGUUACAAUAGGUUGACAGAUGAUGUUGAAUCACCGUUGAUUCAACCAGUGUGUGCCCAGUGGGCUUUUAGCUCAAUCUUUGGCGGCCCUCCUCUCCUCUCCUCCAUUUCCCCCAGUUAAGGCCUUGUGCUGCUGGGCUCCCCUGCUGAUUUGUUAUACCGAGCAGACUAAUGCAUCGACUGGAGCCUGCGAUGUCUAAUGAAAAUGCUGUAUCAAAGAAUACAGCUGCCGCUCCAAAUGGAUGAGUUUGGGGAAUAGGGCAGAACCCAUCAGAGAAAGGGGUGCACUGAGGCAACUCUUAGUGCAUGUGGUGAGGUGAGUGGUAUGCAGACAUACACUAUAUGACCAAAAGUAUGUGGACUCCUGCUCGUCGAACAUCUCAUUCCAAAAUCAUGGGCAUUAAUAUGGAGUUGGUCCCCCCUUUGCUGCUAUAACAGCCUCCACUCUUCUGGGAAGGCUUUCCACUAGAUGUUGGAACAUUGCAGCGGGGACUUGCUUCCAUUUAGCCACAAGAGCAUUAGUGAGGUCGGGCACUGAUGUUGGGAGAUUAGGCCUGGCUUGCAGUCGGCGUUCCAAUUCAUCCCAAAUGUGUUUGAUGUGAUUGAGGUCAGGGCUCUGUGCAGGCCAGUCAAGUUCUUCCACACCGAUCUCGACAAACCAUUUCUGUAUGGACCUCGUUUUGUGCACGGGGGCAUUGUGAUGCUGAAACAGGAAAGGGCCUUCCCCAAUCUGUUGCCACAAAAUUGGAAGCACAGAAUCGUCUACAAUGUCAUUGUAUGCUGUAGCGUUAAGAUUUCCCUUCACUGGAACUAAGGGGCCUAGCCCGAACCAUGAAAAACAGCCCCAGACCAUUAUUCCUCCUCCACCAAAUCCACUAAUUUGAAGGGAUGUCCACAUACACUAUAUAUACAAAAGUAUCUCUUACCCUUCCAGUGCAAAUUAUUAGAUUCAAUCUACAAGAACCUCCACAAAUAUCCUCCUCCACAAUUCAUUGAAUUACAUUUUUACCCAAAAUUAUUAUUCUGUAAAAGAAAAAGGCUGGUUUGAUUUCAACCAUUGGUCCAUUGUGUCCUAAACAUGCAAAUUAAUGCAAAGUUAUGUACGGACAGAUUUUCACCUCAAGCUAAUACAAAUGUCAUGAAUAUGCCUAAACAGUUUUUCCUUAUUAAACACAAAAUGCAAAUGUAUGCAUGCAAGGAAGGAAGAGCCUUUUCCCCAAAAUCUCAGAUCAUUUCCUCCUUAGGGAGGUACAAGUCCACAAAAAAAGCUUACAAGGAAAAAUAUGGUUGUUUCUAGAAUGUGCCCAUGACUUCAGCAUUCAUGACAUACUGCAGUAGUGUAUCUAAUGUGAUUGUUUCUCUGCUGUGUGUUUCUGUGUGUAGGAGGUGAUCAGGAACCUAGUGAAGAGGUAUGUAGCAGCCAUGAUCCGCAGUGCUAAGACAGACGAGGGUCUGACAGAGGAGAAUUUUAAGGUAGGUAUCUCAGAAGUCAUGUACUUUCAUCCCCAAAAUGUGCCUGUAUAUAUUCCAUAGUCAUUGAGCAAUAUCUAACUGUCCCUCAUUGUGGAUCUCUCCUUCGCCUCUAUCCCCCUCUUAACUGAUCUGUAGGAGCUGAAGCAGGACAUCUCCAGUUUCCGCUACGAGGUGUUGGACCUGUUGGGUAACAGGAAGCCUCCACGGAGGACCUACUCAUCCAGCAGUGAGGCUACCCAGCAGGACGAGGCCAACGAGGAAGAAGGGGCUGGACAUGCCCAGGGUCAGUCCAGGGCCCAAGGGGCCAAGGGGGUAUCCUUCAGCGUGUCAACCGCUGAGAGGAAGAGCAAGGACUCUGGGUUCAGCCUCUCCGCCCUCUUUAAGUCCAUGUCAGGGGCGGAGGGGCCAGUGGACAACAAACCAAAGAGCAACGGGCUCAGGUUCUCCUCCUCCUCCCCGUCCUCUGCUGCGUUAAGCCGCAGUGGUGGCCGGCUGCAGCGCUUCUCCAAGUCCAAGAGAGACUCCAUCAGGCGGCUGGGCCUGCUCUUCUCCCGCAUGAACGGACACGUCCCAGAGCCCAGGUCCCCUCCUCCCAGGAUGCACCAGCCCACCUACAGCAUCUCAGACGGCCUGCUUGGGCAGCCUACAACCUGGCCGGACGUCCAGAUCCCACCCAAUCCCCAGGUGCACCUGGACCAGCUGGGGGUGAACCUGAACGAGCUACCCCAUGCCCAAGACCCUCCCCAGGCCCUGUCACAGGAGUCACCCCAGCAGGCUAACGGAAGUGACAGCCUGCUCCUGCGGCCGGCAGGCCACUGCCUACCGCCGCCAGGCCACUCCCUGCCAACCCUGCACUGUGCUUCCAGCAUCACGGCCUCCAGCUCCCGGGCUGUCCUCCUGGGCUCUAGUGAGGACAUGUUUGAGGGCUGGAUAGGACCCUGUGACGAGCUGGACUCCUCUGAGUGGGGGGCUGAGCAGGAGGACUCCAUCACCACACAGCUUUAG